AUGGGUAUCGGGCCGGUACCGUCGGUCAACAAGCUGAUGCCCAAGAUCGGGAUGUCCCUGGAGGACAUGGACCUGAUCGAGCUGAACGAGGCCUUCGCCGCCCAGGUGCUGUCGGUGCUGCGGGAGUGGAAGCUGCCCAACGAGGACAAGCUGAACGUCAACGGUUGUCGCCUGGAGCAGGGCGGCUGGGUGCCGUUGGACGCCUUUCCCACCAGCGAGCCUGACGCGCAAAUCCGUUGGCAGACCGACUUCCACUCCAACCCCAACGUCCGCGGCUUGCCCGAGGACUAUCCGGUCAACGAGGCGGAGACGCCCAUUUCGCCCCUGAUGUACAACGCCGUGGGCGGCAGCACCCAUCCACUGGGCGCCAUAGCCUCCGUGGAGUACGACGUGUCGCCAACCGAUUACCGGCGGCACCUGCGCUCCCUGGCCAGCGCCGACAUUAUUUACUGCCCCGGGCCCUCCGCCGGUGCGCGCCCGCCUCAAGACCUGCCGGUAACGGGAAAUCCUGGUAUGACCAGUCGGGCGGCCACCGGAGCCCUCUACUAUGACGCCAACGGCAACCUGCAGGAACAGCGGGCGCGGGUCGUGGUGGUGGCCGGCAACGGCGUGGGCACCGCCCGCCUGCUGCUAAACUCAAUUCCAUCUGGCCAGGAGUUCUACGAGACGGACCUGAAACGGGCUUUGUUCGCGGGUAUGACCUGCAGAUUACGGCGUUACCAGUUCGCCCUGCCCACUGCCCUGGCGGCAUCCCAGCAGGAACGUGCCCUGGGGACAGGACACCACCGUAUAUUCGGCGAACGUUACGGCCACACCAUCGGCAUCACCGUGAUGACCGAAGACCUGCCCGAGGAGAGCAACCAGUAA